AUGAUUCGAAGACCUUUAACUGAAAUAAAGUUGAGACUUGAAGAUUUACAGGAAUAUGAAAAUUCCCGCAGAGAACAAAACCAUUUGUCCAUAGUACAAGAAUUAAGAGACGAAAGUUCCACUAUUAUAACCCCUACUAAUGGAGGACCAAAAACUACAGAAGAAAUACACAAUAGAAUUGGUUUUGCUCCGAAAAAAAAAAGCAGUGAGUCAAGACUGUAA